AUGAUUCCGACACCGUCAACAUCGCAUCUGACCAAGGAAGAUUUCCGAAAAGUCUACGAGCCUGCAGAAGACACCUUCAUCCUGCUGGACGCCCUGGAAGCCGAUGCGGAGGCUCUCACCCGCUCCCUCUCCGCGCCUCUCUGUGUCGAGAUAGGCUCUGGUAGCGGCAUCGUCACCACCUUCCUCUCGCAGAUCUUUGGUUCGAAUACAGGUACAUACAUCGCCAUCGACCUCAAUCCGCACGCGAAUCGGUGCACGGUAACCACAGGUAAAGCGAACGGCGUCCACAUCGAGGCGAUACGAACAUCACUCCUUUCCGGCCUACGCUCAAGAUUACGGGGCAACGUGGACGUGCUGCUGUUCAACCCACCCUAUGUACCGACGGAGGAAGAGGAGGAGGCAAUGGCGCAGGGUAAAGCGGGGAUCGAGGGGUCCUGGGCGGGCGGCGCGACUGGCACAAGGCUGGUCGACGAGCUAAUAGACGAUGGGGUGAUCAGCGAUGUGUUGGCGGAAGGUGGGAGGUGCUAUCUCGUUGCUAUCAAGCAGAACGACCCACAGGGACUGGUGAGGAGGCUGAAGGUGCAAGGUUUGGAGGCCGAGGUGGUGCUCGCCAGACGAGCGGGUGGCGAGCAUUUGCAUGUCGUUCGAGCUAUCAAGCCGUAG